CUGACGUCCCCCACUCCAGCCGUCUUUCUGACAAGGAGUAUCAAUUAUUCUGAAAUGAAAGUUACUGAUGCAUACUGCAGCUGUGGUAGGUUUCAUUAUUAUUCAGGCAGCAGGUUCACUGAUAAUACACCUGCUUCUUGCAUAAUCUGCUUUGCAUUGGUGAUUGUUGCUGUUUCACUGAAGAAAACAACGGACAUUGAACCAGAACCAUGGCAAGCGCAGAUCCACAGCUUUCUGAGUUGAUUGAAGAAGAGUUUCUAAAGUGCAAGAUCUGCUUUGAGCUGUACAAGUCUCCCCGGAUCCUGCCCUGCCUGCACUCUUACUGUGAGCCGUGUCUAAAGAAGAUGUUGGACAAAGGGAAAGGCACUAUCUGCUGCCCUGAGUGCCGAACACAGACACAAAUUCAGGGCAGCGUCAGUAAUAUCAAAACCAACUUCUACAUAAAAAGUCUUCUGGACCUGUUUGAGUCUAAGAGGAACAAGGAUGCAGUCUGCUCUGUGUUCCAGUCCUGUUCAGACACACUUAUUCAGCUGCCCACUUUAGUUCGCUCAUUUGACACAGAAGGUAAGGAAGAUGAAUUUGACCAAAACAUAACAGGCAUUGCCAACUUUGAAAACGGGGAUAUUGUCAUUGCUGAUGAGAGUAACUCAGUUGUAAAGGAAUUUAGGCAAAAUGGGAAGACAAUAGGUGACACUUCUGUGUCAGAGGAAUGCUGCCCUUGCAGUGUCACUGUUUGUGGGGAUACUGUUUAUUUUUCUUCAACAACAAAGCUUUAUAAGAUCACAAAAGACAGCGAUAUAAUUCAAGUAAACAAUUUGCGUGGGUCACAGAACAGUUAUCCCAUUGCCUCAUACAAGGGCAAGUACAUAGCCGUGAGUGAAGGGGCAGCAUGCACCUUGUCUCUAUAUGAUCCCAAAGGCUCCCUUGUGGAUAGAAUUAGGCCUCAUGGUUACUCUGGUGGGAAGUUCAUGUUUCUGGCAAUCAACAGCAGAGAAGAGUUUAUUGUUACAGACAGUGCCAAGAAAUGUAUAGUGGUUUUUACAAAGGCUGGAGAGAUCAUAAACGUGUGUUCGUCUGCAGGUUAUGGAAAAUUUGUUCCAUUCAGUGUUUGUGUUGAUCACAGAGACAAUAUUUAUGCAGUUGAAAGUGGGAGGAUCAUUCAGCUUUCACCCAAUGGGGAGUUCCAGAGAGUGUUUGUGGACUUUAAAGAUGACACAUUCAGGCCAAAGCUUAUAACUGCAGAUGCCUUUGGAAACCUCAUUGUGACUGAUAAGGAGGGGUCUAUAAGGCUUUAUAAAAUUAAAACCUUUUCUAUCAAGAUGAUUGAAUAGACAAAGCAAAUCAGAAUCACUUUAAAGACUUUAUUAACCAACACAAUUAAUUGAAGAACUUAUAACCCCAAUAAGAAAAAAACCCCCAAAAAAACAACAAAGUAUUAUGAAGCCAUAUUUAAAUGCCUGCAUAAGGUAAUAAUUAAAAAGAUUUAAAUAUUGUUGUACUUUAAUUUUUAAUUGAAUAAAGAAUUUGAGGUGCAGUAUUUAACAGGCAUUUUAUUUGGACUACUCUUGACUCGCUGAUCAAUGACCUGACCCUGUGAACAAGGCUGUCCUUACAAAGGUAACACAAAAUUCUUCUGUCAGGACAUAGCAUUCUCAUUGGCUAUUAUUUUAUUGUUAAUAAAACAAUGUAUAAUCCUCUCCCAACACUGAAACUCUAAACCUAAUGUCAGUAUCC